GGAAACAGCCAACGUGACUUAAGUUUUGUGGUACUAAGAUAUGGAACAUUAUAUUAGUUCAGUUAAUCAUCAAUUGGUAGAGUUUCUAAAUUACUCUAACGUAGAAGAAAACGGUGGUGCAAUGAGAAAUUUUUCUCUUCAAGAUGAUAAUCUGUAUGAGGUUCCAGCUGGUAUAAUUGUCCUUUUGUCUAUUGGCUACGGGUCAAUUUCUCUCGUGGCAGUAGUGGGUAACUUCUGCGUACUGUGGAUUGUUGCCACAAGCCGCCGUAUGCAGACGGUUACCAAUUUUUUCAUUGCUAAUCUAGCCUGCGCUGACAUCAUUAUUGGGCUUUUCUCUAUUCCUUUCCAGUUUCAGGCUGCUCUUCUUCAGCGCUGGGUCUUGCCUAACUUUAUGUGCGCCUUCUGUCCAUUUGUCCAGGUCCUGUCAGUUAACGUAAGUAUUUUCACUCUUACGGCCAUCGCCCUUGACCGCUACAGAGCCGUCAUGUCCCCGCUAAAAGCUCGUACGUCCAAACUUCGGGCUAAGGUGGCCGUACUCGGUAUCUGGGCUUUUUCUGCUGCUCUUGGAGUCCCUAAUGCAGUCGCUCUGCGUGUGAGUCUGCAGAAUGACCCCGUCACUGGAAACAAAACUAAACCUUUCUGCCAGAAUUCUGGAAUUCCGCCACUGGCUUGGAGAACAUACAACCACAUAUUGGUGUCCCUACAGUACUUCGUGCCUUUGUUUAUAAUCAGCUACGCUUACAUUCGAAUGGGUAUACGACUGAGGCAAAACCAGACUCCAGGCAAUGCCCAAGGACCACGAGAUGCUAAUAUCCUUCGAAAUAAACAAAAGGUCAUUAAGAUGUUGUUCAUUGUAGUUGCCGUUUUUACCAUCUGUUGGUUACCAUUCCAAACCUAUAAUAUCCUACAAGAAGUCUAUCCCACAAUCAAUAACUACAAAUAUAUCAAUGUCAUUUGGUUCUGCUGUCACUGGCUGGCCAUGAGCAAUUCUUGUUACAACCCUUUCGUGUAUGCCAUCUACAAUGAAAGAUUCAACACUGAAUUCAAAAAUCGCUUCAAUUGUUGUACGAGAUCUUUCAGAGGACAGCAGCAGGACCAGAAGGAAUUUGAUUAUUCUUUAUCUUCUAGAUACGGCUGACAGCAAGCAGAAACUCAUUUGUAAAUAUAUAAAAAGAGAUGAUGAUGACAGAUUUAUAUAUAAAAUUCUGUCUUUCCCAGAAGAGGAAAAGCCGAUUAUGUGUGAAAAGGCUUGUUACAAACAAGAAAAAAAUAACUGUGGUUAUAACAAUCGUACACAAGGAAAUAGUGUAUAUCAUAUAUGUGUUUUUCUCUGAACAUUGUUAUUUAUUGUUCUAGUAGAUGAAAUAAUGCAUAUCAUGUAAUAAGGAA